AUGACGGUAUCCAAUUCAACACCUCCCACCGGCGCCGACCUCCGCGCCGCCCUCGAGCGCGACGGCUUCGUCGUCAUCAAGGCCAUCCUCGACCCUCCCACCCUUGCCUCCCUCCGCGACGUCUCCGCCCACGCCACCGCGCUCGGCCGCGCCGGGUCCUGGCCCCACGUCCGCGUGCACCUCAUGAACCCCGCCCUCCCCGGCAGCCCCGCCUUCACCCGCCUGUAUUUCUCUGACGCCGUCCUCGGCCCCGUCAAGCACCUGCUACGCUGCACCGACGACGACCUCGUCAUGGAGCUCUUCAACAUGCUCGUCCGGCCCGAGCGCGACUUUGAGCUCCGCUGGCACCGCGACGAUAUCCCCCGACGCCAGCCCCGACGAGGAGCUCGCCAGGCUCGCCGAACCGGCCUGGCACGCGCAGUACAACUUGGCCUUAGGAACGCGGGCCCGUACGAGACGGGGCUCGAGGGCGAGCUCAGGGUUCGUCUCGAGCCCGGCGACAUUGUGUUCUACGACAAUAACAUUCUGCAUCGCGGCGCCUAUGAUUCUACCAAGGAGAGGAUGACCCUGCACGGUAGCGUCGGGCACACCAACGGCGGCGCGCUGAGAGCGCGCAACGUUUUGCAGCACGCUAUCGGCGCGGCUGAGGGCAUGCGCGCUCGCCUCGUCAAGCUGGGUCAGGAGGUGGAGGGCAAGGAUUUGGGUUAUUCGCAGCAGGGCUGA